AUGUUUGCAAAUAUACAAAAAUUUCAGAACUUAUGCAUAAUUCUUUUUAUAGUUAAUUUCCUAUUUGCAUGUAAAGAUGCAUAUAAUCUUCUAGAUAAAUUUGAAGGAAUGAAUAAUAGACAGAUAGCAAUAAAUAAUAGACAAAUUAAAAUAGAAAGAAAAAUUCCUGAUAUACAGAAAUUAUUAGUAUCAAGUAAAGUUGAGUCAGAUUAUACAAUUGAAAAUGAAUUUAUAAAAAAAUUUGUUCAGGAAGUUGCAAAUUUUACAAUAGAUAAAAGAAUUUAUCCAGAUGAAGCUUAUUUAAAAUUUGCUGCUUUGGGUGUGCAAAUUUGGAAUAUCAUGAAUAUUUUGAAAGUUGAAGUGACAAAAGUUGGAGCUCUUAUUAUAGGAAAUACAUUUCAAGUCCCAUAA